AUGCUCUCCCGAACAGCGAGGCACCUCGCGCCCUUCCGCACCUUCACAGCGCGCGCAUCGCGCCAUCCUAUCCCCCUCCAACAACCCCAGCGUCCGUGGGCACGCUUCUCCUCGUCCUCUCCCGGAGGACGAGAGGCCCCGUCUCCAAAUGGAGGAAAAGCUCACCUCUCCCAGGCGCAAUUCUACAAGACCUUCGGGCGGCCCAUCGCCAAAGUAUUCCUCGUCGCCGUCUUCACGUACCAAGUGGCGUACUACUUCUGGGUGCGCCUAGAGCAGGACGAGACCCGGGCCGAGAUGCGAGGCAUGCGCGCCUUACCCUUACUCUUACCCGUCACCCCGCCAAGCUAA